UAGAUCUGAGAAAAAUGAAGAAAUCAAUGGAUCCCCAUGGCCAUAAAAAUUAAAUAAAUACAAAAACUGUUGUAUACCUCUAUCAUGUCGAUUUAUAUUUUAAAAGAAAUAGCAAUAUAGUACUAGAAAAUCUAAGUACUAAGAGAAGAGUAGACAUAAUCAAAUAAUCAUAGUCACGGCAUUUUUAAAAUUUACUUAAUUUACGUUGGCUGUCAAUGAUCAAAUUCAUUAUUCAAUGUCACGAAUGUGUCAUGUUAGUGUUAGACUUUAAUAUUUAAAUACUUAUGAUCACUUGAUUCUACAUAUAGACUCUAUAUAUAAAUAUAUAUACAAUGAAAGCAAGAUUCUUAUUACUUUGUAUUUCACUGAAUUUAGUCGUUGGACUUUUUUUGAAAGGAUUUUUCCCUUUGAAACAAGCCUCCAAAGAUUUUUCUUUUCACAAAAAGAAUAAAUUAAAUGACACUUUACUGUAUACAGAAUCUUUAAGCCUCUCAGAUAACUCAACAUCAAAUCUAGAUCUAGAUUUUUUAGAUCUACAUCCCAAUCUCAAUCAACCUUUCAAAAGGCUAAUUUUCAUGGUGAUAGAUGCAUUUCGUGCUGAUUUUAUGUUUGGGCCCUACAAUUUUAUGCCAUAUACAAAAGCAAUUGUCACAGCUGGUCAUGGUUUACAGUUCACUGCAGAAGCUUAUCCACCAACUGUUACAUUACCACAAAUUAAGGCCAUAACAACAGGCAGUACACAAAGCUUUGUUGAUGUCAUUCUUAACUUUGGAGCUUCUGAAUUAGAAGAGGAUAAUUUUGUUGCACAGUUUAAAAAAAACGGGUUCAAGAUAAUAUUUUUUGGCGAUGAUACAUGGUUGAAGCUUUUCCCAGGAUAUUUUGAUAGAUAUGAUGGCACAACAUCUUUUUUUGUUUCAGAUUUUACAGAGGUUGACAAGAAUGUUACGCGCCAUGUGAUACCAGAAUUAGAUAAUCCAUCUUGGGAUGUAAUGAUUCUCCAUUAUCUUGGACUUGACCACAUUGGACAUAUUUCUGGGCCAAACAGUCAUUUAAUACAGCCAAAAUUAGCAGAGAUGGAUAAAGUAGUUCAUCAAAUUUAUACCAGUAUGAUGUCUUGGGAUAAAUCAAGUAUUUUAGUGGUUUGUGGAGACCAUGGCAUGAGUGACCAAGGAGGCCAUGGGGGUGCAUCACUUGGGGAAGUUUCUGUCCCAGUAUUGUUUCUGAGUCCCCAAUAUAUAAAUAAAGAUCCAAGGCAUUCAGGAUUCAUUUCCCAAAAUGAUAUUUGUGCUACUGUCUCUGUGCUUAUGGGUAUACCUAUACCAAUAAACAACAUCGGCAAAGUUCUCUUGGAUACUUUAUCAAACCAUACAAUCCAUCAAAAAAUAGAAGUCAUGCACCAAAAUGCACAGCAAGCUAUUCAAGUUUUAGAGAACUAUAUUUCGAAUGUAGAAAAAGAUUCUUCACACAUUCUUUAUACUAAAGCUGAAAUAGAGUAUCAAUCUUGGCUGCUUUCAAAAACUGGUGUUUCUUAUGAAGCAUGGGAGAAACAAGGUCAUUCUAUUAUAAAUAUGUAUUCAGAAAGUUUGACUCUACUUGCUGAAAAAGUGAGGAGACUAGCAACACAGUAUGAUGUUUAUGCUAUGUCUGUAUCCAUGGUUUUAAUGUGGUUGUUGGUGGCUUCCCUUUUAAUCAACUUGAUGAGAAGACAUUACAACUUGCCUAAAGUAACUACUGCAACUCUUGUGUUCAGAAUGGCCAUUAUUCUUUCCUCUGCUCUACUUUCUCAUAUCACAAUGUGCACAGGUAGUGUUCCAAGUGAUCUUGUUUGCAGUUCAAGUCUGUACAGUGUUUUCAUACAACUGAUACUAGCAUUCAUCUACUUAAAAUGUUGUAUGGACAUUAUGACAGUGUGGCAUACCGGUUUGUCUGCAGCUCAACAUCUUAAGAUAUGGAUCCAGAAUGCUAAUAUUAUUGAGAUCUUCCUUGUUUUUGGCACUGUUGUGCAUACGAUGUCAUUGUUAUCUAGCAGUUUUAUCGAAGAAGAACAUCAAACUCUUUAUUUUCUUUUGACUUCAGUUCAUGUGCUUUUGUUAGUAAAUCAGGUCUUCCAUUUCAUUUGUCAUUUGGAAAAAAAGAAAAAUGUUAACUUGGAUGAAGGAAAAGCAACCAUAAUUGAUCAGGACUAUUUAAAACCUACACACAAAAGUAUAAGUAAUUUUAAUAGCUUUGAAUAUGAGACAGCAUUGAAUGCUGAAGCUGAAAAUAUUUCUUGUGAUACUGUGUUUAAAGACAACACCCACCUCAAAAGUAUAGGAGGGAAUCAUGGUAAUAAGUUUGUGAAUUCUUAUUUGACUGAAGCAAAAGGAAUUGCAGAAAAAUCUAAAAUCUCACUGUUUUUGUGUAAUGUAUCUGUUGUUUUGAUAAUUUUAAGAAUUUUACGAAGAUGGAAUCAAACUGGCAACAAAUGGCUUGAUGUACCUGAUUUUGGAGACUGGUUUAUUCUGCCAGAAAACAAAAACUAUUUAUCCUUGGUAGUUGUCUUCUCUUUAAUGAUCAUCAGUGUUACAAGAACUAGUUGUUUAAAGAGAGCACAAAGUUUAUGUAUAAAUUUAUCACUUGCAACAAUCUAUUUAUAUCGUGUGGCAUGUGGAAACCUGUUUUUUCCAGUUACAUCAUUUCUAUCUUCAAGUGGAAUUGUUGAAGCUCGUGCAGCUUUUCUUCUCAUUGGUCUGGCACUCAUCAUCUCAAUCUUACCAAAUAAUUUUUAUAAGCUAGAAAGCCAAAAAGUUAAAUCUGCUACCUCUACUUUCAAUAGUUCAUCAUUUCCUCAAAAAAAGAAAGCAAAUAAUACACACUUGAAACACUCUGGACCCAAUUUAAAAAUAAACGAACCUUUACAAAAUACUUCAUUUAAUCAAGAACCUAAUGCUAAUUCACAAAGGAAAGUUUCUUUGGAAGAAGCAAAAGCUGAAGAAGUGGUGAUAACAAUUGAUCAACGCAUGAAAGGGUUUUCCUCAGCCUUUCUGUGUUUUAUGUGCCUUGUGUCAAGACCCCAGGGAAUACCUGUGCUUGCCUUCUUGUCAGUUAUUGAACAAAUUAUGAUACCUAUUCUCAUGGAGAAAAUGAGCCUUUUAUCAAUAUUGAUUUACUGUUAUUGGAUGGGCAAUGCUUUCUUUUUCUUCCAGGGUAAUUCCAACAGUCUCAGCACAAUAGAUCUGACAAGUGGUUAUACUGGAUUGUACGAGAGUAACUUUUACAUAACAGGUCCACUCCUGUGUAUGUCUACGUAUGGAGGAACCAUAUUUUGGUUCAUGACCUACAUAAGAAUUAUCUUCAUGCUGCCCAAUACUGACAAAAAUAAUUCUCAAUUCAGGCUUUCAGACUUGUUAACAACAUCUGGCUACAGACUUUUAUUAUGCCGUGCUUUUCAUACUGCUGCCUAUACAUCACUGGUCUCAGUUCAACGCUAUCAUUUGUUUGUAUGGAGUGUAUUCUCUCCUAAACUCCUUUAUGAAAGUGCAUAUAGUUUUGUCACAACAUUCAUUUGUAUCAUUAUGAUUGUGUUGACAUUUAUUACAAAAUAAUAUUAUAAUACAAAAUACUUUUUUAAUU